AUGAUCGAAGCCAUCUUACUCGCCUUCGCUGCCUUCCUCUAUGCCGCUUUCAUUUCGUUCACGAGCAUGGCCGUAAGCGUCUUCUUCGGCCGUCAACACCUCCUCCUGGUCGGACACGUCAUAGUGCUCAUUGUAUUCUGCGGUGGUGGUCUAGGUCUGGUCGGAUGGACGAAGCAGAAGCUCGGGAAUCCACUGGUCAAUGUCGCCUGUUCCUUGGCCUCCCUAGCAUUGAUCACAGUCCUUACUAAAGAAGGCGCUGUUCAGGCUGCUAUGUUUUCGUACAACAAGGUGUGGCAGGUACUCAAGAUGAUUAUCAUGGGCACUAUUGCCUCCUCUGCGGUCGCAUUGCUUAUCCGGCCAUCGUCGGCUCGAACUGAGUUUCGAGACACCUUCAUCAAAGCCACGGAUGCCAUGGGCGAAAUGCUUACACAUAUCACGCGCAGUUUCCUCUCUGGAUCUGAAGCGGACUUGAAGACGCUCGAUUUUUUAAAAGCAUCCGAUCAGAGCAAGUCAACUUACAAGACGCUCGUCAAGAACCUUGUAGAAGCCAAGUACGAACACUAUGCUCUUGGCACCGAAGAGGAGUACAACAUAGCAUCUCGACUGGUCAAGUGUCUGGAACAGCUGAUGCAAAGCAUCGGUGGCUUACGAAGCGCGGCUGAGACACAGUUCACUUUGCUAGCACAAACAAACGCACUGAAUGGUGACGCUAGGGUGGAAACGCCUGAUUUAAGUACUGUUAGUGCAACGAUAUCAUUGAUAGAAGAGCCUUCGCCUAUACAAUCACCUUCAUUGAGUCACACCGACCGCCGAUCCAGUAUCCUCGCAUCAAUCGACGAGCUUCCUGAAAGCUCGGCCGAUGCCUCAGACAAUGAGACAGGCCGGGUGAAUGGAAAUUCUCUUCGGCUACCACAGAGUAUGCAGAGCAAUCUCACACCAGCUGACAUGUUCACCAUCUUUAUAGCUCAUCUGGGUCCUCCUAUGAAAUCACUAGCAUACACUCUCCGAGAUGUCCUCGAUGAACUUCCAUUUGGUCCAGGCCCUGAAUACGAAAUGGCCAUCAACGAACAUUUCCGCCAUAGUCUGAUAGAUGCCACUGCGCUCUUUAAGGGCGCCAGGAAAGAAGCGCUUGCGACGGUGUAUCAGAACAAGAUAACCACAAGUACAGGGUCACUCGAGGUUGCUGCCGAUUUUGAAGAGGUCGCGGCUAGUUGUGGUUACUUCUCUUCGUCCCUGCAAGAUUUUGCCGAGGACAUGGUGACCUUCCUGGAUGUUCUAGAGGAACUGAAAGAUAAUGCAAAAUGUUCCCCUCGCAAACGGAGUUGGACGUGGCUGAAGUUUUGGCGAAAGUGGAGCUGGUAUAGGAGCUCAAAGCUCACCGAUGACGCUGAAAACACAGGUUUGCUUGAUGAUCGAGGGGACCUGUGGCAGAUCAGGAGGCCGAUCUACCGAAAAUCGACUCGAGGUAACCCGGAUAAGUCGAUCAACGAGCAGCCGCUUACGUACCGGCUGUGGCUCAGGCUGAGCGUUUUCCGACAAGACGACAUCCGUUACGCCUUCAAAGUUGGCAUUGGCGCAGUAUUGUACGCAAUGUGGGCCUUUGUUCCUGCGACGAGAGACUUCUACGGGCAUUGGCGUGGCGAAUGGGGGCUUUUGUCGUACAUGUUGGUUUGCUCAAUGACCAUCGGUGCUUCCAAUACGACUGGCUUCCACCGUUUCUUCGGAACUUGUCUGGGUGCUGUAUGUGCGAUCAUCGCAUGGAUCGUGGCCCAUGAGAACCCCUUUGCCCUUUGCUUCUUUGGCUGGCUUGUGUCUCUCCCAUGUUUCUACAUCAUUGUCGGAAAGGGAAAAGGCCCAAUGGGACGGUUCAUCAUGCUCACGUAUAACCUCUCCGCGCUAUACGCUUACUCGCUCUCUGUGAAAGAUGAGGAAGAUGACGAUGACGAAGGAGGAAUCUCGCCAGAGAUCUGGGAGAUCGUUCUCCAUCGUGUGGUAGCAGUUAUGACAGGCUGUAUAUGGGGCAUCAUCGUCACGCGAGUCAUCUGGCCCAUCUCUGCACGGAAGAAGAUCAAGAAAGGUACCUCCCUGCUCUGGCUCAAGAUGGGUCUUAUAUGGAAACGUGGACCGCUUCGCGUACUCUACGAAUCGCAGAAUGGCGAUCCGCAUGCCGGGGCUUCAUACAUGUCGGCUAGUGAGGAUAUCGAGCUUCGCCGAUUUCUCAACACGCUCGAGUCACUACAAAGCUCGGCCUCCUCAGAGUUUGAACUGAAGGGGCCAUUCCCUGCGAAGACGUUCAAUAUCAUACUUCAAGCAACAAGUCAUAUGCUGGAUAGUUUCCACGCGAUGAAUGUUAUCAUUCUUAAGAAUUUGAAGGCUACCGAGGGCGAGAAAGAGAUCUUGAAGUACACGAAGACGGAAUGGACUGAGUUAAGUUUUCGUAUCAGUCAUUUAUUCUCGGUCAUGGCGUCUUCUAUGAAGCUCGAAUACCCGCUCAACGCAGUAUUGCCGAAUGUAGAACGCACAAGAGAUCGGUUGCUGGCCAAGGUCUUUGAAUUUCGAAGGUCCGGUCUUGGCAAGGUGGCUGCCAAGGAUGAGGACUACGAGCUGCUCUACACAUACGGUAGAUAUUCUGUUCCCGCGAGAGGAAGGAGAGUUGCUGACCGUGGCCUAGCUCUUGUGACUGGACAGCUGGGGCGUGACCUUGCUAUUAUCGGCCGGGAGGUUGAGAAGCUGGUCAACCUCCGCACGCAGAAGCGCCUUGCGGCGUCCGUUGUCGGCUGCGGAAAGCGCAAGAUCUGGCUCGACCCGAACGAGGUCAGCGAGAUCUCCAACGCCAAUUCUCGCCAAACCAUCCGCAAGCUCGUCGAGGAUGGCCUCAUUAUUCGCAAGCCCGUCACUAUGCACUCCCGUGCCCGCGCCCGAGAGCUGACUGCCGCCCGACGGAUUGGCCGACACCGAGGCUUCGGUAAGAGGAAGGGUACCAAGGACGCCCGUAUGCCCAGCCAAAUCCUCUGGAUGCGCCGUCUCCGUGUCCUACGCCGUCUUCUUGUCAAGUACCGUGCCGCUGGCAAGAUCGACAAGCACCUCUACCACGAGCUGUACCACCUCUCCAAGGGUAACACCUUCAAGCACAAGCGUGCUCUCGUUGAACACAUCCACAAGGCCAAGGCCGAGAAGGCUCGCGACCGGGCUCUCAAGGAGGAGAUGGAUGCCAAGCGCGCGAAGACCAAGGCUGCGCGCGAGAGGAGGCAGGAGCGUGUUCAGCAGAAGAGGCAGGCAUUGGCGGGUGGCGACGAGGAGUAA